CCCCGUUUCACUGCCGUCUCGCAACAGUUUGACCAUUCUUUCGGGUCGUCUCUUUUUGAAUAUUAGCAAGAGUACUUCUUUCGAUUAGUAUUGUGACUAAUCUGCUCUUUUUCCUUGAUUAUAUCGCGGUUGACAUGAGCGGUCGGAAGCGUACCUAACCCGUCACCGAGAGAUUGGGGGCUGAAUCCGACUUCUUGACCCGGUCUUUUACUUUUGCUGCAUCCUAAAUUGGAGCAUACACGUUCUUUAGGAUAUAAUCGUCUUCAGAAUUACCCAGCGUCGUUUCACCACGAUAAAAUGGCGUCCUCGUCGUCAAUCCAGGAAGAAGAACAUCGCAACCGACUCCCUACGCUUCUUGAAGUCCUUAGUCGAAGAACGUUGGCCCCUGUUGACCUCUUCUCGUUUUACAUUUACAUGAGAGAUCAACAAUGUUCCGUGGAUUAUCUAGAUUUUUGGCUUGAUGUAUCUCAACAUAUGUCCCUAUGUCGCCACUAUGUCCGCGAACUGCGUCGCUCCGUGCUCCUUGAGACUCCUGAACCAGAAAAAUUGGACUCUGAGUCGCCGGGUCUCGCACCCAACGGUGCUGGACCUUCGGGACCUGGUUACCCAUUUGACGGUCUUGGCCAUGAUAACGAUCAGAGAUUGUCAGCGUUCCUGAGGUCCGAAGGACGACCAUCUAUGUACUCUGCUCGAAGCAGCAUGGACUCCGGCCGGUCAGGGCGUCGAUUUUCUUCUGUUGAUCGACCGCGACGCGUGAGUGAUAUGUUCCCACAACAACAUCACAAUAAUUCGAACGGCUCACCGGGACACACGGUCGCACGAUCUGAUAUUCGGGCAAGCGCUGUGAGAAUUCUGUAUACAUACCUCCUCCCGGGAUCGGAACGGGAGGUUGUUCUUCCAGAUACCAUUGUUGGGGAUAUUGUGCACAUGAUUGAACAGGAGGGGAGAGAUGACCCAGAGGUUUUUGAUACUGCAAAAGACUAUGUCUUUCAAGCAAUGGAAAGAGAUGCUUUCCCUGGGUUCUUACAGGCGAAAGCGCUAGGAAAUCUUGUGCCACCAAGCAUCCUAGCCCGGCUUGUCCUCGCCUUGACAAGCUUGGGGGGAGGGUUUUGGGGUGCAUUUUAUGUUGUGCUGACGGAUCAGCCACGACACGUACGAUGCUGGGUAAUUCUACCUUUCAUCGUGGGGGCCUAUUUCCUGGCAUCCUAUCAAUACAGGAUGGAUCCAAUCCUUGCAUUUAUCGGCUUCAGCGAAUAUACAUUUAUGAAUUGGACAUCAGUUCGCGAACCAUACAUUCGCUCAUUGCUCCUCAAAAGAGCUUUUGUGUCUCUUGCAUUCGCCACCUUCAUUGCUGUCGCACUGUGCGUUCUGUUCAUUUUUGUCCCUGGGACAAGGCUUUAGCCUGUGGACUUCCCAUGAUGCCUGAUAAAUUCCCUUUCAGCAUAUCCCCUCAAUAUUCCUAUUGAUUUUCUUUGACAGCUGCAAAAUGGAGGUAACC